AUGUCCGACGAUCGCGAAGGCAACGUGUACAUGGCCAAGUUGGCCGAACAAGCUGAGCGAUACGAUGAAAUGUUAUGGCUUGUAUCGAGAAGUCAUUUAGCAUGAGGAUGAAGUCGUACUAGUACUAGUAACUCUAACUAGUACUAGUACUAGUAGGCUUCCAGUACUAGUACUAGUAGUAGGCUUCCUUCACGUGUUGUGCUACAAGUCUGAAGUCAUCUAUUUUUUUCUACGUGGAGCUGUUUUUUUUUGCAUCUACUUCAUCUUCUAGCUUCCCACUUCUAAUAUCCGCAGAGUUUAUGAAGAAAGUAGCGGAAGCAGAGGGCGAGCUUACGGUAGAAGAGCGAAAUUUGCUUUCAGUCGCUUACAAGAACGCAGUAGGAAGCAGACGGGCGAGCUGGCGUACUGAUGCCGUUCUUGUUUUACUUGUAGUUUCUGAUAAUUCAUCUCUAAGUAUGAUCUACUUAUUUGCAGCGACCUACACCGAGGUCUCAAAGAAUUUAUUUCAGACUUGUAGGAGACACGCAAGACGCAAAUCUGUGCGAUCAAAAGUCUCAAAUUCAAACAGGUAUUGUAUCCUCUGUUGAGCAGAAGGAGAUUCAGCGAGGCUCGGCAAACGCAGCACAGCCUCCAGUUUAUCGAGAAAAGAUUGAGAAGGAACUGGAUGAUAUCUGUACUACUGUGCUAUUAUUCAAAAUUAUCCUUGAAUCUUUCAUCCUACCUACCCUUUUUCGCAGAGCCAGAGUUGUAGUUCUUAGUACAACAAUCAAGGAUUCUUGUUGGUAGUUACCCUUUUCUCUUUUCUAUCUUCCUCUGGUCUGUCUUUUUUCUAGUUAGGUCGGGUUCACCACAAACAUUAAGAGAGAUCAUGCUUGCUCAUCAUGUCAUAUGCAACCACUUCAGUCACCAAUCCCAUCUUCAGGUAACCAAAUCCUGUCUCUGUUGGAUAACUCUUUGAUCUCCGCAGAAUUGAAGCCUGGAACCGAAGAGGCACAGGUAUUUUUGUUUCCUAGUUAGGUGUGCUCCACCGAUAUCAUAAGAUUGAACAAUAAAGUCUUCAGAGUUUUUACCUUGUUCAUCAAGUACGUAGAACUACACCUUUUUUCCUUCUUCAGUUCCAUCCCACCGCCCUACCUCCUUCCAUUUCUUGUCCUUCACUCCCAUCCGCUGUUGUUACCGUGUUCAUGGAGAAGAAACAUCUUUUUUCCUUCUUCCGACACCCUUCUACCCUGCCCUUCUCCCAUCCCCAGGUCCUCUACUACCAGAUUAAUCCUUCCCUCCCAUCCCCAGGUCUUCUACUACAAGAUGAAGGGAGAUUACCAUCGUUACAUCGCCGAAUACAAAGAGGAAAAGGGCAAAUCAGCUGAGUUGGCACGAGAAGCGUACAAAAAUGCCAUGGAUAUCGCGGAGAAGGGACUGCUCGUUACCCAUCCGAUUCGACUGGGACUCGCGUUGAACUUUUCGGUAUCUUCUGAGUUUGUUUUUUCCUUUAGUAAAGAAACAGUUUUGUACUUGAUCAAUGUGAGGAUUUCAGUGGACGCUUUUCAACAUGUUGUUCAUGUUGUUGUUGACUGGUGCCGAGAAUACUAAGUCUUUUUAUCAUCGCUACUACUACAACAGGUGUUCUACUACGAAGUCCUGAACCAGCCUGAGGAGGCAUGCAGCAUGGCCCGAAAAUUAUGACCGAUUUAGAUGAUAAUAUUCAAUCGUAUUCAGCACAUUACAGAAAGACUGAUAGACUACAUACGGAUUAGAGAUAGAAUAAAGCAAAGCUAAGUAAGAUUUAGAUUCACGGCAAAUGAUCAGCAUUACUUCUCUAACAAAAGCAUUCGAGGAUGCUAUUGCGGAACUGGAUAACGUUUCCGAGGAGAGCUACAAGGACUCGACGCUCAUCAUGCAGCUUCUCCGCGACAACCUGACCCUGUGGACGAGUGAUGAUGCUCAGGCAUGAUCGAUCAUCAAGAAGUUAAGUGUAAGUUGUAUUCAUCAAGAAGAGGAUCACAAUUUUUUAGACAGAUCAAGACUGUUCUUCUUUUUAUCAUGAAUUAAGUAAAUACUUAUAGAAUUGAACAUUGACUAGAUUCUACUUGAAUGUUGCCUCGUGAGUCGCGUGACAUUAGAAGUAGAUGAUCCUUCGUUGCGUGUCUAUAACAACAGAUUCCCUUGUAACGUCGAUCUUCUGUGACAUUAUAGAUAGUUGUACUCUCUUCAGAAGACUCGAAGAAAAUUCUUGAAGGCUACUUAGCCAUGCAUUACUACUUUUAGAACUCAAAGUAGUCGGCGAGAUAAGAAGUCUAGAAUUACUCAUCUCGUAGAAGGCCACUGCAGAUAUUUUUAAGCUCCUAUUCAGCAUGGAAUACCACAACAGGAACAGUUCGAUACAACUAUGUGUGAGGACUCAACAACUAUAUUUUUCUAUUCUUUCGUAGUUAAAGCCAUUAGUUCACUAUUAACAAACAGAAGUCAACUAAAACUACUACCUAAAAAGAAGUUAAUGUUCCAAAAGAAAAUGAUUCUAUUCUUCAAGCAUCUUUAUGAUGUUGUCUAUAAUGAGGUUGUGUACCCUGAUCCUGAUGUUGACAGAGUCGAGCUGCUGGUUGACCACAU